AUGGAUUCUGCAGAGUUUAUCCCUUUCCAGGACAAAUUGAAGUCCUCCUUGGUGCAGGUGACCCGCACCGUAGGCCAACUUUCCUCGGAGGAUCUCAACUUCCACCGUACCUCCAGCGCGGAAGUUACAGAGGCGCUCGACGAACAGAGUCUUAGAAUUCUUACUUUGACAUCAGCUGUUCUCAAGGCUGCCACCACCGGAACAGAUAUCAAGGCUCCGACGCUGUACAAUGAGGACUCGAUCGAUGACAAUUGGCGAGGUGUGGUGGAUGUGAUUGACUCGCUUUUGGAAAAGGCCGAUGCCUGUCUGGACGAGUUUACCGGCGUUAUCAAGAAAUUGAGCCCGUCGCAGGAGGAAGCUGCACCUGUCAUCAAGAAAGCGCCCAAGUUCCCUACCGUCUACGACUAUGGCCCUUCCAAAAUUCCGAAACCUCAACUGCAGUUUGAGCACAAGCCCGAUAACUCUGGCUCGAGCCUCUUCCGCCCUCUUCUCACUUCCAAGCCGCAUGCUACUCUACCCCUCGACAAGUCGCUGAAAACGCGGGAGAUUGAUGGUGAUGAUCGGUACCCGCACCCUUACGAGACCGAGAUUCGUGAAGCGCAAUAUCCCAAGUCUGUCUACAAGACUGCUACUCCGAUCGACUAUCUUCCGUUCGAGGGAACGACUGCUACGUUUGUGGAUACUUUGGAUGGAGUCAAGGAAAUGCUAGGCGAGCUGAAGGCCGCAAAGGAAAUCGCCAUUGAUUUGGAGCACCACGACGUCCACUCAUACCAUGGUCUUGUGUCCUUGAUGCAGAUCAGCACUCGCGACAAGGACUGGAUCGUUGAUACUCUCCAGCCUUGGCGACAGGAACUUCAGAUCCUCAAUGAGGUGUUCACAGACCCGAAGAUUGUGAAGGUCUUGCAUGGUGCUACUAUGGAUAUCAUCUGGCUCCAACGUGAUCUAGGCCUGUACGUGGUUGGUAUGUUCGACACCUUCCACGCGGCUUCCGCACUGAACUUCCAGAAGCGGAGUUUGAAAUUCCUUCUCAACAAAUUUGUGAACUUCGAAGCCGACAAGCGCUACCAGAUGGCCGAUUGGCGUGUUCGCCCUCUCCCCGAGGGCAUGUUCGAUUAUGCCCGAUCCGAUACCCACUACCUACUUUACAUUUACGAUUGUAUACGCAAUGACCUCAUUGAAAAUUCGACUGAGGAAGAAAACCUCAUCGAUUAUGUGCAGGAGCGCUCAAAGAACGAGGCACUGCAAAGAUACGAUCGUCCGGUCUAUGAUGCAGAGUUCGGAACAGGCUCCGGGGGCUGGUUUGAUCUGCUGGAACGGAAUGCCGGUGUGAUCUCCAAAGAACAGUUCGCCGUUUUCAAGGCUGUUCACCAAUGGCGCGACGAGGUUGCUCGGGCCGAAGAUGAAGGCUGGCAGUGUGUGUUCCCGAAGCACAUGCUCUUCAAGCUUGCGUUGACCAUGCCAUUGGAUAUGGGAACUCUUCUGCGAACACUCUCGCCUGUGACCCCCAUUACAAAGGACCGUGUAGGCAGUCUCCUUGAGACUAUCAAGGAAGCAAAGAUCGCGGGGGCCACGGGCCCAGAAUGGCGUGACGUUGCCGCACCCCGUAAGGCUGCUGCUGAACCGAUCGCUGUUGAUAUAGAGGACGUGGACUUCCCCGUCGCUGAACGCUACGAGUCGUCUCAGUUCUGGGGCAACGUCUUGGAGGCCAAUGAACCUCCUGCUCCGCUUGAAUACUCGCUCGCUGCUUCGAAUGAAGCCCUCCGACUUUCCCUGCCUCUACCACCCAUGCCAUCGACCGUCUCGGAGGCCCGAGAGAAGCUUGGCGCUGCCCCGAGCCAACCUGCUCCUCAAGCAGCUCCCGUCCCUGUGGCUGAGGAUACAACUCCGAAGAUCUUCACCGUCAAGGAGCUCGGUGGCCCUCGCAAGCGCAAGGUUACUCCUGUCGAGCAACCAAACGAAGAGCCAUUGAUCCCUCUGACCGAACUCGACCCAACGGAGAAGGAGCACAAGAAGUCGCGCAAGGAGAAGAAGGCCAAGAAGGCAGGUCAGUCUGGCUCUAAUUCUGAGGCCGAAUCCACGCCAUUCGACUACGGUGCUGCAGACUCCGUGCUCAACGCUCCCAAAGCAAAGGGCAAGGCUGCCCCGCGCCGGAAGCAUUUCAACCCCUAUGCCAAGGCUAUGGAUGCGCCCUCGGGUGCGCGCAAGGAGAGGAAGGAAACUCCUGGCAAGUCUCUUACUUUCCGCAAGUAG